AUGGACCCGAAGGCCCCCAAGAAGUCCCACCAGGGAAAGGAGAGUAAGGCCAGGAUGCAGAAGUUUGCCAGGAAAUUUCCAUACAGGUUCUCCUGGCUGACGGAGACCAGCUCAGAGCCCCCGCAGCCCUGGGCGCUCAUGAAGAUGAGCAGCUUGCAGCGUGAGCAGCUGCCCCUGCAGAAGACGCUGCUGCCCACGAGGUCCAUGCCCGUCCGAGGGCUGGGGGCCCCGGAUUUCCUGCCUCUGUCCUGCCUCCAGCCGCCGCCAUCGCCGCCAAGAAACCUCUGGGAGCUGGCGCUGCUGACCCGCCGCUUCCCCAGGCCCACAGCACUCCCGCCCGCCCCUGGAGCCCUGCUCUGCACCGCCAGACUGGGCUACUCGGCCCCCGGGCGCUCGUGA